AACUACGUCACCACGCGUGCAUCGUGAAAGGUGAGAGGAGACGUAAUCACUUCCUUUCUUUUCGGGGCGGCCAUUGAGCUGGAUUGACAAUGGGCAAGUUUAUGAAACCCGGUAAGGUUGUCCUUGUCUUGGCUGGACGCUAUGCAGGCCGUAAAGCUGUCAUCGUCAAGAACAUUGAUGAUGGCACUUCAGAACGUCAGUACAGCCACGCCUUGGUUGCUGGCAUUGACCGCUAUCCUCGCAAAGUAACCGCCACCAUGGGAAAAAAGAGGAUAGCAAAAAGGUCAAAGAUAAAGUCUUUUGUGAAGGUAUACAACUACAACCAUCUCAUGCCAACCAGGUACUCUGUUGAUAUUCCCCUUGACAAGGCUGUUGUGAACAAAGAUGUUUUCAGAGAUCCAGCUCUAAAACGUAAAGCAAGACGAGAGGCUAAAGUCAAAUUUGAGGAGAGAUACAAGACCGGCAAAAACAAGUGGUUUUUCCAAAAGAUGCGGUUCUAAAUCUUUAAUUUUCUAUUGGUUGCAUCAUUAAAGUCUAUCAAUUAAAAAAAAAAAAAAAA